CCUGCGGAAUUCGUGCUUUUUAGCAAGAUUGAAAUCAUGGCAGGUCCAGAAGCUGAUGCCCAAUUCCAGUUCACUGGUAUCAAAAAAUAUUUCAACUCUUAUACCAUCACAGGUAGAAGGAAUUGUGUAAUAGCCACAUAUGGAAGCAUUGCUUUGCUGGUUUUAUACUUCAAGUUAAAGUCCAAAAAUCUCCAGCUGUGAAAGCAACAUGAAAAGAUUAUAAACUGUACCUCAUCUGUUAAUUUCCCAUGCCUGGAGAAGCUAAUGUCAACUCAUCAUGUGAUACUCAAUGUGUACAAUAAAUUAUGAA